AGAAAGCUCACUCCUCUUCCCUCUCUCUUUCCUCUCUUGCCUCCGUCGCCAUGACCCACCGCCUCCUUCCCCUGCUCCUGCUGCUCCCUUUGCUAGCGCCGCCUGCUGCGUCUGCACGCCAGGGCGCGGGGCAGGAUUUGGGACAGUUCCCGGGGCUGGAGUACGGCCUGCCGCCGUUCGCCGCCGCUCUCCGGGCAAGCUGCCCCGUCUCGACGGAGGGGUACUCGCCCCCCGAGGAGGUUGUUAAUGGGGAAGAACUUCUCAGGUUGUUGGAUGGCAAGGAAGAGCACACAGCUGUCCUUUUCUAUGCAUCAUGGUGCCCUUUCUCAGAAAGAAUCAGACCAGUCUUUGAUGAUCUGAGCUCAAUGUUUCCACGGGUUAAGCACUUGGCUAUCGAAGAGUCCAAUGUCACGAAAGCCAUUUUGUCGAGAUAUCAUGUCCGUGCACUACCUUCCAUAAUAAUAGCUCGCAGCUCAUACAUAUUCUGGGCGCUCGGUUCGAAAGAUCUCGACUCUCUAGUCAACCUUUACACUGCUGCUACGGGUCAAGAACCAGUCGCAUAUAUUGGUACUCGCAAGUGGAGGGCCACGCAAAGCACAGACUAUGCUAAGAUUUGGAACAGCUCGAUUAGUGAAACAGUGAAGCAAGAACCCUGCCUAGCAUUCAGUAUCCUGUUUGUUUGCCUGAGGAUAUUCAUCUUCUUCUUCCCAAAGUUCUUUGCUCUCGUCCAAGACUUCUGGACCCAAUACUAUGAGCAAAUCAACCUUGGAAUCCUCGCCAAAUUGACCCAGCUGCUUGAAUGUGUGCCUCAUGCUGUGGACGUGAGAAAGAUGUGGAGCAAGUUGAGGCUCAUGGUUGGAGCUAAGAACGGUAGGAUAUGGGCAUCAUCUCUAACUUCGGUGUCACUUGGUGGGCAGCCUUCCAGGCGAGUUGCUGUUGGACUGAUGGGCUCGACCAUCUAACGGCAACAAGAGAACGUGCUGAUUCAUUGAAUUGCUCCUGUUAAGGUUGUAACUCACAUGAGCAUAUUUAGACAGAAAUUGAAUUGCUCAUGUUAAGGCUGUAACUCACAUGAGCAUAUUUAGACAGAAAAGGUCUCUGGCUUUCUGCUUAGAAACAUACAUCCUGUUUGUAGCAUGUAAAUCUUAGCGAUACUUGUAGCCUUUGUAAGUCAUGUUGUAACAUUAGUCGUCAGUGCCCCGAUCAGGCAGGCUGCCUUUGGCAAGAGAAAAUGCAGCACAAGCUUGGUCUUCCCCUCCCCAGAAUACAUGGUCAAAUGCGCCGUUUUAUCAUGUAAUCUGCAAUGAUCAAUGGACAUCCUUCAGAGAUCAGUGUCAUUUUCUGAUGGCUUUGAAUUUCA